AUGAACGCUUUUGCCAUCAUUUUGUUUUUUGAAUUGGUUGCCAUAGCGGGAUGUCAGUUGGUCGGUACACCUGAAGAUGUAGAUGUCAAUGAUAAGGAUAUUCAACGUUUAGCAAAAGUUACCGCCAAAACGAUAGGAAAAGAAUACGAACUUUGGAAACUUAUUUCGGGAACAGAACAAGUUGUCAAUGGAAGGUUGUACAGCCUUGAACUUGUAAUGCAAAGAAAGAUAAAGGGAUCGAAGAACAUAAAAAGAAGAUGCAAUGUGAUCGUGUAUGAGAUAAAAAGCGAGGGAUACCUGGAAAUAGAGGAAUUCCACUGCUAUUUUGCUAACAAGGAGCCAGUAUCUUAA